AGUCGCAUCAAUAUCAACAUCACCUCUAGCUGACGACCUUGCGAGAGUUAAAUUUAUCUAACGACUGGGAAUAAAAUCGUUUUGCCUGACAGUUCUUGCAACCCGUUUGUGGUAACUCCCUUAUUCAAGUAAAGCAUGUCUGCCAUCACAAACUACGCAUUAAAGAUGCGAAUUAUUGUCCGGCUUCAAGCGGCCAAGUGUAGCACGACCACAGCGCCAAAGGAGCCGGUUAAGAAGGGACAAAUAGCUAAAAGGAUUCCAACAUUUGUGAAGCUUGAAGCGGGCAAAACGUAUUCCUGGUGUGCCUGUGGUCUCAGCAAAAAGCAGCCAUUCUGCGACGGGACUCACAAGGGCAAGGAGCUUGGUGUUGGGCCGGUGCGCUUUACUGUUGAAGAGAGCAAGAAAUACCUCCUGUGCAGGUGCAAGCAAACCAACAACAGGCCUUUUUGUGACCUGACACAUGUCAAGACUUGGAGCUCACAUCACAUGAUGAUGCCACGAUAUUGUGACAUGGUGCGCCGCCAGCAUAUAUCCCUGCGAGGGAGAGAAGGUAUUGUUGCCGAGAGGAUUAUUCCAGAGCCGGUUCGUGUGGCCCUGAAGAUUAAACUGUAGUUCGAGAACAGUGCCUCAUCCUCUUCUGUCCAUGUAGAAGAAGAUAUUCGUAGUGUCCAUAGGCAGCUUUUGUAAAAAAGCUUCAAUAAAGGCUGUUAACAUUAUUUCA